UGGAUACUUCAUGCCUCAUGAGCUGCAGAAAAACCCAUCCGGUCUAAGAAGAAGAUUAACCUCGUAUACAGUGGAAGGAGUCAGUGAAAGUAAACGCAUGCAUGCAGGGAGGGUGGACGUUGUUUUCUCCCUCUGCGCGCAUUGCGAAGCGUAUCGGACUGCUCUCCUCCUCUCACCAUCCGCGCCUGGUCCCUGCGCACCUCCCCGCACCAGCACUCAUCCCUCUCCUCUCUCUCUCUCCUCUCCUCUCCUUCUCUCAUCUCUCUAACACUCUCACUGAAGGUGUCUUAACUUUCGCGACAUUUCAGUCUGCUGUCAAGGUAAAACGGCGUAUUUGGGAAGGCAGACCUUCGUAUUUAUAGAGGAGAGAGAUUGUGAGAGUGUGGCGGCGGUGUUUUGCCGAGAGGAGACCCGUUCUCCCGAAAUGAUUGGCUAAUUUCUUCAAAUGAGAAAGUCUAAGAAAUGUCUUUUUCUUUUUUCCUCUGGGCGACACCUUCAGAAUGCCAACCACAAUGUACAGACGGAAACAAUCGAGUGUUUGCGUCUUUCAAACAUUAUUUGGAUUGUCAAGAACUCAAAGAUCUCAGAGUGGACAAUGCUGAAUGCCAUUAACACCUAUCCUGACAUCAACACACACCAUUGAGGAGCACAUCCUGUCUUACUGCUAGCCUUUCCCAGUGCUUCGCAAGAUCUAACCUCACAGAGAAGCUCCACGCACUCACCUUUUGACCUCUGUUGCUAUGGAGAAUCUUAGUGAGCUCCAGAAUCCAUUGUUAGACAAAAACAGUAAGCACAUGGUCAAUGGUUACGGGGGUGACUUCCCUAAUAACCAAUACCAGGAAAACAUUAUUAAUUACUUUGCUGGAGGUGGAGGUGGAGGUGGAGGUGAGGGAGGAGGAAAGGUGAAUAAUGCUAACGUAGUGAGCGGAGGUAGUUACAAUACCAACGGGAAGAUGAAAUCUCAGCAGCUUUUGGACGCCACCUCGCUGCAUCUGGCAGUGGAGGCCUUCUACAGGCCCAACUUCAUCCUGUACAAGGAGGACAGCGGCAGCAUCAAGGCUAAGGAAUACAAAAGCGAGUGCUGUGAGACCACCUUCACGGAGAAGAAGGCGAAGGAGGCGUCCAACACAGCAGGGACGGACACGCCCGCCACAGAGGAUCCCCAGGCGAAGCUGCUGGAAGACGGCGAACACAUUAAGAUCCAAACCGUUUCCUACGAGGUUGAGGAGGAGGAGUAUGUGGAGUACGAGACGGACUGCUCCAGCGACAGUGAGAGCGAGGACAACUUCAUAGUCGUCCCUCCACGAGACCACCUGGGCCUGGCCAUAUUCUCCAUGCUCUGCUGCUUCUGGCCUCUCGGGAUUGCAGCAUUUUACUUCUCACAGGGGACCACCAAGGCAGUGAACAAAGGUGACUUCCCACUGGCCAACAUUGCCUCCCGACGGGCUUUGUUCCUCGCUGCCCUCUCUAUCACUAUAGGCACCGGUGUGUAUGUGGGGGUGGUGGUAGCUCUCAUCGCCUACCUAUCUAAACCAGGACACAUAUAGCAACCUCACCUUCCCUCCGCACACCUCCCGGGAGCCUAGGAGGAGGAGAACAUCCUCCUCUUGGGAGAACGGCAUUGCUCUUGCAGACUUCGAGGAAAGUUUUUUUCGGGGAUGUACAGUUUUUCCCUCCACCUUCCUUUCUUUCCAGCUUUCUCUCCCUGCAGGCCCUCUGUCAGCCAAGAUUAGCCACAGGACUGGAGAGAGGUCAAGCUGGAGGGUGAGAAGAAAGGGAAUUGGGGAUAGACAAAGUUUUUGUUUUUUGUGAGACCAGGAGAGGGUUUGGAGGUAUUCCAUGCUGGAGUCCAGUUUGCAUCCCAUUGACUACAUCCUCUUUUGGCUGGAUUUUUAACUUCCAAGACCCUGACAGAAACACUGAGGAGAAUAGACUGUUACGAUAGCUCCUUGAACUUAAGCAAUUAUUAAAGAGGAGAGGUUGAGGAAGGUUAGAAAUCAACACAAAUUCACUCUUAAACCAACUUUAUGUUGUUGUUAUUUGAGCUGCAGUAAAAAUUGUAGCCUCUCUGUGGAGUCGUGUCUCCUCCUGUGUCCUCCUGUCUCCUCCUGUGUCCUCCUGUCUCCUGUCAUUGCAGUUUGCCAGCCAGAACAGUCUUUAAUAGACCGUGAGCUUUCCACAUCAACUCAAAAUACCAAGACUGCAUCUGUCUCUGGGCUCACUGCCUCACGGUAGAUGACCACACUCACAGUUUCUUAAAACAUGACAAAGGACAGAUUUCAUUUCCAGGAAAACUUACAAAAAAAGAUACAGAACUACUGAUAAUAAUUUCAAUCAAUGAAAAAUAAAGCUCUGAGAAAAAAAAAUGUUGAAAUACAACCACAGGCACAGGUUUCUUUCUCAUUAAACGAUAUGCAUUGGCAUGAAUUGCAAGAAUCUUAAUGGAGCCGCGGGCCUGUAUUUUACCUUGGAGAAGGUGUCCAUCCAUCAAAGACAUGCCCUGGAAUCUAACAAAAAUCUGUUCAUGCCUGAUAUGGUUUGCCUACGUACAUGCAAAUGUGCUUUGUUUUUAUGUCUGUCUUUUUUGUGUUGCCUGCUGUCCAAAGGCACCUUGAUAAAUCCCACUUUAAGGAAUGUUCAUUAUAGCUUUUGAAGUAAAGCACAGAAGUGAGGUGGCCAGAUGGUCCAAAAUUCAGGGGAAAGCGGUGUACAGCGUCUCCCAAAAUCGCUGCAUCUGGUAACACAAUAAAACAUCAGCCGUUCACAAUGGACGAGGAAGUUAUAAAUCAGGUAGAUAAUGUCAUUAAAAGGCAGGCCUUACAUAUCCUCCAGGGCUGCACAUAUAAACAAACUGUCGCAGUCUGACAGCUUUGAAUUUAGCUGUGAUCAAUUAUUCUUUGCAUGACUCUAGCUAUGCCAGCAGUAUACUGCUACGCAUGAUUGAUUGGAUUAAGAACUUGUUUUUGUCAGAUCAUAAAAAAAGCUUAAAUUAAAAUUGAUCAGGUUGUGAGUGGGCUCGUAUUUUGUGCAGUACUUUAACUCACAUUCCCCAAUCCAGCUAUUAAAACAGAGGGUAAUAAG